AUGGCAGAUCUAACCAACAUAGGCUGCUGUGGCUGCUUUAGCUUUUUAAGGAAGCCCAGUGUGCCUGCACGACAGCCUCCAGAUGCCGAUGGCAUGUUAUCUCAAGAUUUGCUGGAAGAUCAAUCAGCUGAAGAUCCUGAUGGAAGCUUCUAUACUGGAGAUGAUCCUGAUUUAAGCUUUUACAAUGGGAAUAAUCUUGAUACAAGCUUCCUCGAUGGAGACGACCCUGAUAAAAGCUUCUACGAUAGAGAUGAUAAUGACUACCUUGAUGAAAGUGGCACUGGACCUCCAAUGAAGAGUUCUGAAGAUAUCAUACAAUCAAGAGCCCAAAGUGGCUUUGCAUGUAGAGAGGUCCCAGUUAAAGAGGCUAAUAAAGUAUUUCGCUCUGAGGAUGAAAAUUGUAAUAAGAUGGUCGAUCAAUAUGUUCACUUGGGAAAGAUUGGUUCUGGGAGCUAUGGUAAAGUGGUUCUAUACAGAAACGUGAAAGAUGGGAAGCUAUAUGCAGUGAAGGUAUCCAUAAUGAAAAUGUUAAAUCAUCCCAAUAUUGUAAAUCUUGUUGAAGUUAUUGAUGACCCAAACGUAGAUAAAUUCUACAUGGUUCUUGAGUAUGUUGAAGGAAAAAUUGUUUGUGAUAAUGGUUUAGAGGAAGCUACUGCAAGAAAUUAUGUGCGAGACAUAAUAUCAGGUCUUCAGUAUCUUCAUUCUCAUAAUGUUAUUCAUGGUGAUAUCAAACCAGACAAUCUCUUGGUUACAAGCUCAGGCAAUGUGAAGAUAGGAGAUUUCAGUGUUAGCCAGGUUUUUGAGGAUGAUGAUGAUAUGCUUUGGAGAUCUCCUGGUACUCCUGUUUUCACUGCUCCAGAGUGUUGUCAAGGUUCAGCAUACCUUGGUAGGGCAUCUGAUACUUGGGCAGUCGGUGUAACUUUAUAUUGUAUGAUUUCUGGGCACUAUCCAUUUCUUGGAGAUACAUUGCAGGAAACUUAUGAUAAGAUAACCAAUGAUCCUGUGCAAGUUGGGGGUUUAGGCUUCUCUGCAAAGAUCAUGGGGAACGUAUCACCCUGCAGACUGCGGCAGAGCAUCCUUGGGUUGCUGGGGACAAGGGCCCAGUCCCUGAACACAUCUGCAGGUGUGGCUUUGGCCGCUGGAAGAGAAGUGAUCUUGGGUGCAAUAACAGCACGUAAAUGGGAUGAUCUAGUGUAG